CACACCCGUCAUUUACUGCUCAGCUUUUCACUUCGACAAACAGAGGUGCGGAUUGGAAUUUACUUCUUUUCUGCUAUUCCCAAUGUUCAACUGACUAGAUUAUUUACCACGUUCAGUGGGAUUUUAAAAGCUGGAGAUGCAGAAUGGCACUGCUGACCAUGAAGUGAGAGGACCAACUCGUUACACAUUAAUCAGAGAUCCCCCGUGGAGAGAAGCAAUGGAAUCCAAGCUCUCCUGUCUGUCAUCACUCAGAGAGGAGGGGAUUCCAGUGGAAUACAUCCAGCCACACUAUAAGGAGGCAUACCGGCUAGCCAUCUAUGCUCUGGUCAGUGGGGGCAGAGAGGCUUACCAGGAAUACCUCAGGGUCGAACCACUCAGUGACUUUCUCUCAGAAGAGGAGGUCACCUUCAUUUUGGAGAAUGCAGCGUUGCCAGUCAUGAGCAAUGAGGACCCUGAGGCAGGGAAACGUGAAGGUGCAGAACAUUUGAGAGCUCCCUCAACAUACUUCCCCACAGAGUCAGAUGUGGAGGUUCCUGACCUUGACCUUGGAUGGCCAGAGGUCAAAAACGAGAACAUUGGACCGAACAUCACCAUGCUGUUUAAUCCACCCAGACCAAACACACCGACCAUCAAAGAGUUCAUACGUGUACAAAUCCAAGAUGCAAGAAGGGUUAUUGCUAUAGCGAUGGACAUCUUCACUGAUGUUGACAUUUUCAUGGAGAUUGUUAAUGCAACUUCUCGGGGAGUGGUGGUCUACAUACUUAUAGAUCACUACCAUUUCAAAAGCUUUCUGAAUAUGGCUGUCAGUGCUGGUAUUCAGAUUCAAGAUCUCAAGAACCUACGAGUCAGGACUGUGAAAGGACAGCAGUAUACAUGCCGAUCUGGAGCAAAGUUCCAUGGUUCUAUGCAGCAGAAGUUUUUAUUGGUUGACUGCAAAACAGUAUUGUGUGGAACAUACAGCUUCAUGUGGUCCUUUGAGAAGAUCAACCUGAGCAUGGUUCUGGUGGUAAUGGGUCAGCUGGUGGACAUGUACGACGAGGAGUUCAGACGACUGUUCGCCCGUUCCACUCCGCCUGCUGCUCUCUCUCAGAAGUACGACCCUUACUCGGGUAGGCCCUUUGAGAGGAGACUCUCUCUGGACCAGGUUCACAUUAGGUCCCGUGCGAGACAGCUCGGCUUGAUGACUUUAACCGGGCAACAGAAAGGCAUUCGAUACAACAAUGGACAGACACUGACGAGAGGCUUGAGCAUUCAGGACAGACUGAACCAAGCCCAUCGCACCAAUAUAGGGACACUCGUGAAGGUACACAGCUAUGGUGGAGACCUGUCGCAAAUAGGGAACUCCAUGGCACACUUUAAGAAUGUAAAAGAUGACUCCCAAUGUGACCCUGAGAAAGGCAGAAACAAUGAGGAUUCACUGUUACAAGGCAGGAUGAAUCAUUACAUGCAGGAGAAGUAUUGUGUUGAUCAGCAACAGCUUCUGCCCUACAGCCGUGAGACCUCUCUUAACAGGUGGAAGAUCGACUCCUACCUCAAUAAGAGGGACACGGCCACGGUUGAGUCCGUAGAAAAUCUGCAUCUGUCGGACAAUAUUCGUAAUCACAACCCAUCAUCUCGUAUGAGAACAUCAAUCCUCUUCAAUAGUUGCCUUGCAGGGCACUCUGAUCACCUAAGCAAUAUGUCAACAAACACUGGGACAUCUCCACCGGGUAGUCUAAAACAGGCCUCUCCAUGUGACAGCCCUAGCAACGCACAACAGCAAUGGACCUCCGUUCAACUGAGGGCGAGCCAGACGAGAUUGGAGGAGAUCAGACGGAAAAGGUUCAGUUUUCAUGAGGAGCCUAUCCGUAAAUAUAGGGUGGAUCUGAACCAGGGUUCUCAGAGAUUGUCUGUAUUCUCUGCUCUUGAGAGAAAUAAAGGGAGGUUACCUGAGGGAGGUCUGGAUAAAAGGCACAGUCUGGGAAAGUUAGAAGGCAACUUCAACCAGGGACUGUCCGGCAGCAGAGAGGAGCACACCUCAGGAAGUCAACAGGAUGAGGACUACAGACUUAGAGAACAAACAUAUGGACCCCUCAAGCUCAUUGAUGUGCAAAGGUCUGUCUCACAAUAUGAUCUCACAACCAAGACAGAGAUAAGAAAUCCCAUUGGGGACUGGCAGAAGCCUCUCUCCAGGACGACAUCGACAGCUCAACUGGGAAUAAAGUUGAAAGAGCCUUUGCUCCAGCCCUCCAAAUUCAGACCCACUAGUCUUAAUAUAGAGAGCUCUAAAGCUCUAACAUCUUUGAUCAGAAUACCAGAGGAGAGAGAUGGACCAACUAGAAGGAAUCAUGACUCUACAGAUCAGCUGGCCAACAGUGCCGUCUCAGUGCUCUUCAAAGACAAAGACAAAACUUUCCAAAAUGGAAAUCAAGUGACACCCGUUUUGUCUGUGGUUUGGAAUAAGCAUAAAGUGCAGCCUGAUGUUUCUGAAAAAAAACAGGAAACACUGAUCAGCGAAGAUGAAACAGCCAAAAGCAAUUAUUCAGUGACAUCGUCAAAUAGGACAGUGGAGGAUGCAGAUGUUUCACUGGAGAGAAUGUUCCACAAGGACGUGGGAGUAGAACGCCAAAGACAGAAUUCAUUUGGAUCUACAUAUCAAAACACAGGUUUGGAAAGGUUAAAGCACUCAAUGCAGGCUGAUAUUGCAGGAGAGCAGAAAAACAUCUCAGAUCCUCCGGGAAAACGGUCCGUUUUGGCACUUAGUACAUCAGCCAAAGGUAGUUUGCCAAGCUUUACCAGGUCGUCACACAACGCAGACGGUACCAAAACCGAUAAAGAACAUCAACAUAACACUCCAAAUACAACAGGUAAAUCAUUCUAUCCUCGAUUAAGUUCUAAUUGGGUUAGAAGGAGUUUUAGAAAGAAACGUGACCAGGAGUCUGUUAGCCCCACAGUCACUUUGGAAAGUCAACCAAAAUAUUCGGACACUGGGCGGAAACAGGUGUAUAGCCGGUUUGAAAGUUUUGUUUCAUUUGACAAGAAGCCUUCUGAUAAAACAACGGCAACUAUUACAAGAGGGUAUGACAGGAGUUUGUCAGCUAGAAAUCCCUCUAUUAGUUCCAUUCACAGUCAAACUAUGCCUAAUGAAAAUAAGCUUGGGCGAUUCAUACAACGGUUUGGGAAUCUCAUCAGCAAGAAGUGAAUGUAUAACUUCAAGUAGAUGGCAGCACUGUUUGGGGAUAUAAUGGAUUAUAGUGUGAAUAAUACUGGUGUGGAUUGUUUACUGGCAGUGGGAUUUUCUUCUAUGAAAUAUACCAUAUUGGGAUGUUCUAUGGCAGAUGUAUAAAUAAUGGGAAAGGAAUGUUAUUGUCCUGUUAUUUCUUAAAAGGAUAUUUAGUUUUUUAGCAUGUUUGACCUUAUUUUACAGCUUUAGUGUUGAAGCAUGUCAGUCGUUUUGUGUGCUCAAGCCAUAUACUGCAAGGGUAAGACUGUAGAAAUUAUUUAAAAACAAGGGCAAAGCAUGAAGUAAUGACUAGGUCUUUUUGGUCUGCAGUAAGUAUGAUAAAGAGAGGGUAAGGCUUCAUGAAUGUAUGGUUGAGACUGGACAGGGAUGGGAUAUGAGAGGGAUAUUGUUUGGGGUGGGUGAUAGCAUGUGGGAGUGUAGUGGGGCUCUUUCUGUCUUUCUUAGAGAUACAGGGUUAGGAAGUACAAUAUAAAUGUUGACCAAAACAACUCUCUGUAUGACGCAUCAACACAGAAAUGACGUGGAUGUCUAACAUGAUGAAUGUCAUUGUGUGUACAAUUUCAGUUAGCAGUCUAAUGGUCAGACAUGCUAAUUGAUACUAUUCUUUUUGAAUGUAAUUGAAUGUAAUUUUACUAUCAAAGAUAUAUUUUGAAGUACUGUGUUAUAAAGGGGCUGUAUGUCAAAAGUAUUCCCUGUGGAAGCUAUGUGUAUUGCAGAAACACCAGUCAGACCUAAACCACCAUACAUUUUCAUUUCUUAUAAAUAACAUCUUUAAUGUUAGUUGUGAUUGUUUUUCUGUGUUUUUAUUGUUGUAAUACAGGGAAACUGUG